AUGAUUCGUUCCCUCCCUUACAUCGACGACUCCUUGAAGAGCCUACUCAAUACUCCUACUGUGGUGGCCAUCAUAGUCGAUUUCCUCGGUGCCAACACCCUCCAGGUGGCGGUGGAGCUCGACAUCCCUCCUUAUGUUUUCUACACGUGUGGUAAGUUCCACCUCACUCCAGGGCUGAAAAGCCCCCAAUCUCGAGGUGAUCCACCAGGGAAAACUCAGAGACCUGCCCGAGCCUUCGGACUGCCUAGUUGCAUUCCGCUUAUUGGUCAGGAUCUUCUCGACCCGUUUCUCAACUAG